CUGCAAUUUCCACCUUAAGAGAGAACAGACCCCCUUAAGGGCUGCUCAGACGUAGUGAAUGAUUAAGCAGCGUUAGCAGAGGCUGCAGCACUGACUCCGGGAAAGCUCUGCUGGUCACAUCACUGCAGAACCAUCCUGAGCAGCAGCAGCAGCAGCAGCGCGUCCUCCAUCUCUAGCGAGGCACAGGGGGCUCAGCACAGGGGGCUCAGCACUAUCAGUAAGGCAGGCUGCAUGCAGAGGAGCCCAUUGUACCGGCUGGACACCCUAGCCAGCCUCUUGCAUCUGCACCUUGGGAAUAGUCAGAGCCUCGCCUGAUCUCCAUCAGUGACCGGCCGAGCAUUGCCAGCAGCAUCACCCACAGCUCUAACACAUUCCCUGCCGCACAGCUUCCCUGCCCCCCCAUCAUGGCUGAUAACAGCAUUAACACUGAGUGCAGCAUCAAGGUCCUGUGCAGGUUUCGGCCCCUGAACCAGUCGGAGGUGCAGAGAGGAGACAAAUUCCUGCCCAUAUUCCAAGGCGGGGACACUGUCAUCGUUGGGGGUAAGCCUUAUGCAUUUGAUCGGGUGUUUCCUCCGAACACAACUCAGGAGCAAGUCUAUCAUGCCUGCGCUAUGCAGAUUGUUAAAGAUGUGCUGGCAGGGUAUAAUGGGACAAUCUUUGCUUAUGGGCAGACUGCAUCUGGGAAGACCCACACCAUGGAGGGAAAACUUCAUGACCCACAAUUGAUGGGAAUAAUUCCAAGGAUUGCCAGGGAUAUCUUUAACCAUAUUUAUGCCAUGGAUGAGAACCUGGAAUUUCAUAUAAAGGUUUCCUAUUUUGAGAUUUACUUGGAUAAAAUAAGAGACCUGCUUGAUGUAUCUAAAACCAAUCUCUCAGUUCAUGAAGAUAAAAACCGCGUUCCAUUUGUCAAGGGUUGCACCGAGCGCUUUGUGUCCAGCCCAGAGGAGAUCCUUGAUGUCAUUGAUGAAGGGAAGUCGAACCGCCAUGUUGCAGUAACAAACAUGAAUGAGCACAGUUCCCGUAGCCACAGCAUCUUCCUUAUCAAUAUUAAGCAAGAGAACAUUGAGACGGAGCAGAAGCUCAGUGGGAAGCUGUACUUGGUUGACCUGGCUGGAAGUGAAAAGGUCAGUAAGACUGGAGCUGAAGGUUCAGUUUUGGAUGAAGCCAAGAAUAUCAACAAAUCUCUGUCUGCUCUGGGAAAUGUGAUUUCUGCCCUGGCUGAAGGAUCGAAAGGUUAUGUGCCCUAUAGAGACAGCAAGAUGACUCGAAUUCUUCAGGACUCAUUGGGUGGAAACUGCAGGACAACAAUGUUCAUCUGCUGCUCUCCAUCCAGCUACAAUGAUGCAGAGACUAAGUCAACGCUGAUGUUUGGACAGCGGGCUAAGACGAUUAAGAACACUGCAUCUGUCAACCUGGAGCUGACUGCUGAGCAGUGGAAGAAGAAGUAUGAGAAGGAAAAGGAGAAGAACAAGACUCUGAAGGAGACUAUCCAGAAGCUGGAGGCUGAGCUCAGUCGCUGGAGGAAUGGGGAAAAUGUACCUGAAACCGAGCAGCUGAGUGACGGGGAGCAGCUCACCCAAGAUACUGCCAAUGAAACGCCAGUUAAUGAUAAUAAUUCAUCCAUUGUCAUCCGGAUCUCAGAGGAGGAAAGGAAGAAAUAUGAAGAGGAAAUUCGGAAAAUGUACAAGCAGCUGGAUGACAAGGAUGAUGAAAUCAAUCAGCAGAGCCAGCUUGUGGAAAAGCUGAAGCAACAGAUGUUGGACCAAGACGAGCUCCUGAUUUCUACCCGCGGUGACAAUGACAAGGUGCAGAUGGAACUGAGCCGCCUGCAGUCAGAGAAUGACAGUGCCAAGGAAGAAGUCAAGGAAGUCCUCCAGGCACUGGAGGAACUUGCUGUAAACUAUGAUCAGAAGUCUCAGGAGGUGGAAGAUAAGACCCUGCAGAACAAGAUUUUGGCAGAUGAGCUGUCACAGAAAGUAGCCAAUCUGAUGUCCCUGGAAAAUGACCUGCAUCGCCUCCAGGAGUUUAGUUCUCAUCAACGCAAACGAAUCGCUGAAGUGCUGAACGGCCUCAUGAAGGACCUUAGCGAGUUCAGCGUCAUUGUAGGCAAUGGUGAAUUUAAGCUGCCUGUGGAGAUCAGUGGUGCAAUAGAAGAAGAGUUUACAGUAGCCCGCUUGUACAUCAGCAAGAUCAAAUCGGAGGUGAAAUCGGUGGUUAAACGCUGCCGCCAGUUAGAAAACCUUCAGGUGGAAUGUCAUCGCAAGAUGGAAGUUACAGGAAGAGAACUUUCCUCUUGUCAGCUGCUCAUAUCUCAGCAUGAAGCAAAGAUCAGGUCCCUGACAGAGUACAUGCACAGUGUUGAGUUGAAGAAGCGGCAGCUGGAGGAGUCCUAUGAUGCACUGAGUGAGGAGUUGGCUAAGAUGCAGGUGCAAGAAAAUGUAACUGAAGUGGCAAUAAAGGAUAAGGAGCAGGAUGCGAUGGAAGCGUAUGAAGUCAAGAAGGUCCUGGAGAUGCAGAUGGAGAGCCACCGAGAGGCCCAUCACAAACAACUGGCUCGUCUCAGGGAUGAAAUUAACGAGAAACAGAAGAUCAUUGAUGAGCUCAAAGAUCUGAAUCAGAAGCUGCAGCUGGAGCUGGAAAAGCUUAGAGCUGAUUACGAGAAGCUGAAGAGCGAGGAACAUGAGAAGAGCCACAAGCUGCAGGAGCUGACAUUUCUGUACGAGAAACACGAACAAUCCAAACAGGAUCUUAAAGGGUUGGAGGAGACAGUCGCCCGUGAACUCCAGACCCUCCACAACCUUCGGAAGCUUUUUGUUCAAGACGUCACAUCUCGAGUCAAGAAAAGUGCUGAAAUGGAACCCGAGGACAGUGGGGGGAUACACUCACAGAAACAGAAGAUUUCCUUUCUUGAGAACAACCUGGAACAGCUUACAAAGGUUCACAAACAGCUGGAUGACUGGGUAUCAAAGUUGGUUCGUGACAAUGCAGAUCUUCGUUGUGAGCUUCCUAAACUGGAAAAACGUCUUCGGGCUACAGCUGAGAGAGUUAAGGCCCUGGAGGGUGCACUGAAGGAGGCCAAGGAAGGAGCUAUGAAAGACAAGAGGCGGUAUCAACAGGAAGUAGAUCGUAUUAAGGAGGCCGUACGCUAUAAGAACACAGUUAAACGUGCACACACAGCACAGAUUGCAAAGCCCAUCCGGCCUGGGCACUACCCUGCAUCCUCACCCACCAACCCAUAUGGCAUCCGGAAUUCUGACUCAAUCAGUUAUACCAACAACCUCUUUCAGAACUACCAAAAUAUAUACAUGCGGGCAACCAGCCCAAGCAGUGAAACAUUCUUUGCCAAUCCAUGUUCCAGCACACGGGGCAGUUCUUCCAGUGGCAGCUUGCUUUCCUAUCAGAAGAUGAAUGUGGAUAAUGGAAAUGCUACAGAUAUCAAUGAUAACAGAAGCGAUUUGCCAUGUGGCUGUGAAGCUGAGGAUCAGUCCAAGUUGUUCCCUCUUCAUCAGGAGACAGCAGCCAGCUAAUAACGCAGUCAUAUAAAUUCUCAUAUCAUGUGCACUUUCAGUUUCCAAAGGGGCUGAAGCUUGUACCCAGCAUGCUGCAAGUUAGCUUUUUGUGGCCUCUGCUGCCAACUAUUACCUUCCCUGUAUAACUCGCUCAGUGUCUUUCUACUGUGCUCUGUUUAUGUACUGUAUACUAACAGCUGCUAAUGUUUAUUCUAUACCUUUGUAAUGCACUUGAUUAUGUAUCCACUUGUGUUUUAACCUCUAUCCUAUCAAAGUUAUUUAUGAUAUAUCUGUCAAAUCCCACACCUUGUAUCACUGACAUGGGGGCUAGUGAUGUAUCACCAUAAAGAUGGGAUAAUGAGGGAAAUCAAAAUAAAGAAAUGAUGAUAUUUCAAUGCAGUGUUUGUGACAUUAUAUUGGCAUUUGUAAGUUUGAAGCCGAAAUUUCUUACAGAGGGGAAAAUCACAGGGCGGAUAUGUGUAUGUGUGUUUAUAGCGUAAGUUCUUUAACAAUAAGAACUGCUGUAUAUAUUUAAUUUGGAUAAAAUAAAAAAAAUAAUUUAAAGAGCAGCACUGCUACACAGAGAGAAGCUUCCCAUCACAUUACUGUAAAUGCAAUACAAAGCAGCCGUAAGUAAAGACAGGGUAUAUUUUUCCCACCGUGGCAACCUGUAGCUUCCCUUUACACAGUAGAUAUUUAUACUCUAGUGUGGAUCUAUACAAAGGUAGGUAGAUAGGUAGACUAAUACAAAAGAAACAAACAGAGAAGCAUGCAUGAUAUGUACAUAUAUAAUUCUCUUGCCUAGAGUCACUGAUAUUGUGUUGUUUUUUGUUAAAUGCAGCUCUUUUUUUAAUUAAUAUGAAUGAUUCAAAAUCAGUCAUUCAGCUGGAAUUGCCAUUUAUAAGUUGCAAGUUAACUCUUUGUACAAUGACGCUAAUUUCACUGAAUAUAUUCAAAUACUGCUCUCGCUCAGUGAAAUCUCUGAAAAUAUAAUACAAAGCAUAUCUAGCCAUGUAAGACCGAAAAUAUCACAGAGCUAGGGUGGCUGCGAGGGAGAAGUCUAAAUGUUGCAGGGAAAACACAAUCACUGUUUAGUAUAAUGAUAUCUGCAAUAGUCACUGAAAUGCUAAUGUAAGAAAAUCUUCUAUUUAUGGCAAAAUGGGAACAAUAAAGAUUCUUUUCAUUUUAUUAA